CGAGUGCACCGAGUGUCGCGGGAGCAGCGCUUUGGUCCCCUGCUCCCGCGACAUGGCCUUCAACUUUGGGGCUCCCUCGGGCACCUCUGGCACCGCUGCAGCUACCGCAGCCCCCGCGGGAUUUGGUGGGCUUGAGACUGCCAACUCCACCGCCAGUGGGUUUAAUUUUGGGGGUUUCGGAUUAACUGCUAAUCCUGCAGUGAACUUUAAUAUUGGGAAUUUCGGUGUUUCUACUACCUCGGCGACUCCGUUCAAUUUUGGUAACAGUCUGGCAAGUGCAGGUGGGUUUGGAGGAUUUGGGACAACAUCUACAGCGGCAGGUUCUGCAUUCAGCUUUUCUGCUCCAGCUAACACAGGCACUACUGGACUCUUCGGUGGUACUCAGAACAAAGGUUUUGGCUUUGGUACUGGUUUUGGCACAACAACUGGAAGUAGUACUGGUUUAGGUACUGGUUUGGGAACUGGACUGGGAUUUGGAGGAUUUAAUACACAGCAGCAGCAACAGCAAACUACAUUAGGUGGUCUCUUCAGUCAGCCCACACAAGCUCCUACACAGUCCAGCCAACUGAUAAAUACUGCAAGUGCUCUUUCUGCUCCAACGCUGUUGGGAGAUGAGAGGGAUGCUAUUUUAGCAAAAUGGAAUCAGCUGCAGGCCUUUUGGGGAACAGGAAAAGGAUAUUUCAACAAUAACAUUCCACCAGUGGAAUUCACACAAGAAAAUCCCUUUUGCCGAUUUAAGGCAGUAGGAUAUAGUUGUAUGCCCAAUAAUAAAGAUGAAGAUGGGCUAGUGGUUUUAGUUUUCAACAAAAAAGAAACAGAUAUUCGAAGCCAACAACAGCAGUUGGUAGAAUCAUUGCAUAAAGUUUUGGGAGGAAACCAGACCCUUACUGUAAAUGUAGAGGGUAUUAAAACAUUGCCAGAUGAUCAGACAGAAGUUGUCAUUUAUGUUGUUGAGCGUUCUCCAAAUGGUACUUCAAGAAGAGUUCCAGCUACAACACUAUAUGCCCAUUUUGAACAAACUAAUAUAAAAACACAGUUGCAGCAACUUGGUGUAACCCUUUCUAUGACUAGAACUGAACUUUCUCCUGCACAAAUCAAACAGCUUUUACAGAAUCCUCCUGCUGGUGUUGAUCCUAUUAUCUGGGAACAAGCCAAGGUGGAUAACCCUGAUUCUGAAAAGUUAAUUCCUGUACCCAUGGUGGGUUUCAAAGAACUUCUUCGAAGACUGAAGGUUCAAGAUCAGAUGACUAAGCAGCAUCAGACCAGAUUAGAUAUCAUAUCUGAAGAUAUUAGUGAAUUACAGAAGAAUCAAACUACAACUAUGGCCAAAAUUGCACAAUAUAAGAGGAAACUCAUGGACCUUUCCCAUAGAACCUUACAGGUCCUAAUCAAACAGGAAAUUCAGAGGAAGAGUGGGUAUGCCAUCCAAGCUGAUGAAGAACAAUUGCGAGUUCAGCUAGAUACAAUUCAGUGUGAACUGAAUGCACCUACGCAGUUUAAGGGCCGACUAAAUGAACUGAUGUCCCAAAUCAGGAUGCAGAAUCAUUUCGGAGCAGUCAAAUCUGAGGAAAGGUAUUACAUCGAUGCAGAUCUGUUACGAGAAAUCAAGCAGCAUUUGAAACAACAACAGGAAGGCCUUAGCCACUUGAUUAGCAUCAUAAAAGAUGACCUAGAAGAUAUAAAGUUGGUAGAACAUGGAUUGAAUGAAACCAUCCACAUCAGAGGUGGUGUUUUCAGUUGACAGUUCACAAACCUAUGUUAAGGGUUUGUGAAAUGUAUCUUGCUACAUCAGACCUUCCUUAGGAAUGAAACUGACCACAUGGAGGGAGAAAAAGGGAAACAAUCCUCUCCUGGCUUUUGAGGAGUUACUGACAAAUUACUUUUCAUCAAAUCUGAAAUGACAUUGACUUCACAGCUCUUCAAGAUAGCCUUUGAAAGAUUUAUACCUGAAAGCUGUUCUUUACUGUACAAGAGAAGUACAUAAUUACCAAAAAUAUGUACCAUUGUACAUUUUGACAACGGCAUUGUUCUUAAAACUAAUCAGUGUUUAAUGAUUAUUCUCCAUUGAGCCUGUACUCCGCUUUCCAUAGCAAGUAAAUAUGAAAUACCUACUUUGCACAUAAACUAUAACUACGUGGCUGUUGGAGCUUUGUACUUCAGAAUGUAAAUGUACAUCAGUUUUUAUAUAUUUGUGAAUUCAUCUGUGGGAGGAGUAAAGGAAAUCGAAGAGUAUUUAAUGAUUAAUGUGGUUUUCCUUUCAUUCUAUAAAGAUUUGAAAAUAUAUUUUUAUAUUAUUUUACUUAUUUGGAAUUCACAGAACACACAAGUGAUUAGGAUAUAACAGAAUUACAUUUUAUCAUUUUUGCAACUUUUUUGUUUAGGCUUUUUUAUUUCUAAAAAAGAAAAAUAAAUUCUUGAUUGUAAUUACUUUUAUAUAAUUCUGUCUGAUGCUUUAUUUGGCUAUGGGAGAGUAACCAUGUCCUCACAAGUAUUAAAUCAUAAUCACAAUUCAAGAA